UGGUUAAGGCAGGCAUUGUUGGGAGACCCAGACAGAUUGAAAAGAGAAGCAACCUUCAGUCUACCGUGUUUUGACUGUGUUGUGUGAUAACAAUCUAUUUUCUUAUUCCUGGGUGUUCUUGGAGGUGUCACCAUGAGUUCUCAAAGUAAAAAGACAAAAAUUACCUCUAAACUAAAGGUGGGGAAGGUCGGUUCGAAAAACAAAGAAGAUGCUCCUCAUGAAUUGGAGAGUCAGUUCGUCUUACGGCUUCCUACGGAAUAUGCCUCAACGGUGAGACGGAUUGCACAGUCAGGCAGUAUGAAUCUUAAAGAUAGACUCACCGUCGAGCUGCACGCUGACGGUCGCCAUGGUAUUGUGAGGGUGGAUCGUGUCCCUUUGGCUUGUAAACUAGUGGAUCUGCCCUGUAUCCUGGAGUCCCUGAAAACAGUAGACAAGAAGACAUUCUAUAAGACUGCUGAUGUUUGUCAGAUGCUGGUGUGUACGUUAGAUGGGGACCUGUAUCCUCCCUUGGAGGAGCCCACAGGCACCACAGAUCCCAAGAACAAGAAGAAGGACAAAGACAAAGACAAGAAGUUUGUGUGGAACCACGGCAUCACCUGCCCUCUGAAGAACACACGCAAGAGAAGAUUCCGGAAGACUGCCAAAAAGAAGUACAUCGAGUCUCCCGACGUAGAGAAGGAGGUGAAGAGACUGCUGAGCACAGACGCAGAGGCUGUUAGUGUCCGAUGGGAGGUGAUAGCAGAGGAUGAGACUAAGGAGGCAGAUAACCAUGGGUCCCUGGCCAACCUGGACUCCUCACCUGGGACGUCAGGACACAAGAUGGGCCACGGCUCCUCAGCCCAACGAGACGAGUUGAGGGAGAUCUUCAACGAUAUCAGCAGCAGUAGCGAGGAUGAGGAGGACGAAGGCGACCGUCACGAGGAUGAAGACCUGAACAUCAUGGACACGGAGGACGAUCUGGUCAGACAGCUCCAGGAAAAACUGAACGAGUCGGACGGGGCCCACGAUGAAAGCGACAGGAACAACCAAAUAGUGAUGGAGUACCAGGUGCAGAUCAACAGUGUGAAGGCCAAGCUUCAGGACACGCGUGCCCACAAGACACAGCAGGAGGACCUGAUCAUGAAGGUGGAGAACCAGGCUCUGAAGAAUCGCUUACAAGCUCUGCUGAAUGAGAUAAUCCACCAGGAGGAACGAGAGAUGGAGCAGCUGGCCUCGCUUCAGGAGCAGCUGGACUCUCUCAUCGAGAAGUGACCACCAGGGGGCAGCCAUGUGCCAGGCUGCGGUGCCGUGGAUCCCUGCAGGGGGAGAACAGGCAUCUGCUGCCUCAGAAGGAGCGCUGUCAGAAGGAUUUGAGGAUUUCAUCAGCUCCUGUUAAGACUCUUUGCAUCAUGGAUAUACAGAACACUGGUGGUGGCUUUUUCUUUUUUUCUAUUUUCUCAUGUCUUUGUAAAAGUGUGUACAGAAAUGUUAAUUCGACUUUUGAUUUUGAUUUAGUAUCAUUAUCCUGUGCUAUUUUAUCAAGUCAUUCACAGUCAGAUCAAGCACUGCAGUGUUCUGGCUUGGAUUAAAAUUAAUGUAAAACAGAAAGUACUGAAGAAAAGAUGUCAAAUCAUCUGUAAACUUUGUUUCAAUAAACCUUGUCCAUCAAUAUGA